AGACACAGAAAUGAAAAGAUGAUUCUUUUGWGUAKAGAUUUGGACUGAAAAGUUCAAUUUACUGUGAUUUUGAGAAGAAGARAUGUUUUCGUCAUCAAAGGUAAAAGAACGUACGACUUCUGCCGAAUCUAUCUCGCACGAGCUUGAAGAUCGACCGGGAAAACUGAAACGCCAUGGAACGCUACAAAGUCUGGAGGUAUUUCACGCUUGGGCGAAGGAUUCAUUCUUAAGAGAAAGUACAAUUGAUAUUAUGGUGAAAGAACAUGAAAUAGACUGUAUUCCAGCUGUCUUGGCUUUAAAGCAAGAUGACAUAGCGCUAUUAGGGCUUCCAGUCGGCCAACAACGUUUACUCGAAGGCGCGGUCGAGAAAUUAAAGCAAGAGUACGAGYUAGUUAGACCACCGACCCCCAUUACCAAAAUCAACUUAGAUAUGCCUACGUAUAGAUCCAUGUUGGAUUUCAAUGAGCAAGAAGCAAUUCCCGAGGACACGAGGAGUGGGAGUUURAGGUCGUUUUCAAGUCACGGCGGCGAGAGUUCACUUGAGGUGUCGAGGGCAUUUUUGGGUUCGCUUGAAAGGGAGGAACUAUUAAAAAACGAAUCUCACCAAGCUGCUAAGUCAGCGGGAUAUAAAAAUCAAGGCUCGAAAAGUAAAUCUCCAUCUGGGUCACCUUCCCGGCAUCCUCUUAUGGACAAUAACGAUGACGAAAAGGACAGCGAGUAUUCAUGCCAGCGGUUUCUUCUAUCCAUACUUCUAAUGCCUUUCUUUUUGCUAAUUUGCCURAUGGGUGUCGUCUUAUGGCUACUUAUGAUCCCAUUUCUUCUUUGCUGCCCACGUGAUGGUUGCUAUGCUAACCUAGUGACAGACAUCUACGAGCAUACAGUAAUGGCGCCGUGGAGGGCGUGCCAGUGGGCGUCGACAAAACGUGCAAUCACUGAUGCUGUGAAUAAUAAAACUAAAAAAUAUGGAGGGACAAUAGACGAAGAACUUGGGGUCAAAAAAUAGGGGAGAUUUUGUUUAAAUAUUUAAAAGCCAAGAAAGUUAUUUAAGAUCAGUUAUUUUUGAAUGGGUGGGGAGGGCAGUUGUUAUAU